AUGGAGGCGGAGGUCGAUAAGCUGGAACUGCCGUUCCAGAAAGCUGACUCUGAUCUGGAUUACAUUCAGCACAGGUUGGAAUAUGAAAUCAAGACUAAUUAUCCUGAUUCAGCAGGCAAGAAAAGUCCAGUUACACUCUUAAAGGAAUUGUCAGCAAUAAAGUCUCGAUAUCAAACUUUGCAUGCACGCUUUAAACCAGUUGCUGUCGAGCAUAAAGAGACUAAGAGCCGCAUUUUUGCUACUUUCAAUAAGACUAUGACCUUGAUACAAGAACUACAAAAGCAAACAGACCUGAAGCUCUUACCACUGACUGAAGAAGAGAAAACUGCGGCAGAGCAAUUAAGAGCUCACAUGUCAGACUUAUGAUGAAGAAAUGGACUUGCAAAAGGGAACUCUAAUGGGGA